UCAUGCUAGCUUGCUGUGGGCAGAAGGCAUGAACAGUUGCACUGUGACGGCCCCCACGCGAGUCAGAAGGUAGGAAAGAGCCUUCAGGAUCGAUUAACACACAUCAUUGAUUGAUUGCCUGUCUGCUUUACGCUCCUAAUGUGCGUCAAUUAAGACCUUUUACACCUAAUUAGUGUACGAGCACUGGAACAAAGUGUUGGUAGCCACUUCCACAGAUGAUGAGGAUGUUUUAUUGUUGUAUUGGAUGUGUUGCCGCCUUAUGACAACAUUACGCCUCGUUUUAAAUUGUUUUUUCACCUUUAAUGUCAUUCACCUUCAGCCAUAUUUUGGCUGAGUACAGCCGUGCAGAGGGAACCAUCCUGGACCCCAGCUGCAUGCAUCCUCCACUUAUCGGCUGAGCGAGCCAGGUGUUGUUUGAGGCCGUACGUGCUGAAAGGUCCCGCACCUGAAAGAUGACUCAAUCUGUGCAAGUUAACACAAAGUUGUCCGAUUUGGGCUCUCCAUUCAUCUACUCCAGUCAGGAGGAAGCUAACCAGCCGCCAUCCUACUCUGUCCAAACACCAUAUGGUUUCCAGCUUGAUCUGGACUUCCUCAAAUAUGUGGAAGAGAUAGAAAGUGGGCAUAACAUUCGCAGAGCAGCUGUCACAUCUCGUCGUUCUGGACGGGGGCUCAAGAUCUCUCAGAGAUGUCCUACUGCGGGGGGCCGCACCAGUGGUUGGACAUCCACAGAGUCGCUCUCCUCCCCUGCUAGUGAGGAUGGCAGGGCCCCUCCCCUUCCGCCACCACGGAACCGCCUUGGCUCAGCACCCUGUGAAAUGCUCUCACUGUCCCCUGUGACCCUUCUCAAUGUCCCUCCAUUGUCUGCCAGCGGCAAAAUACCACCUCCACCCCCGCAACGCAACCCCAGAGUUGAGCGAACUCUCUUGGAAACCAGCCGGAGAUUACAGCAGGAGCAGAGCCACCAUCACCAGAAUGGUGGACGAUUCCAACUGGCAGAUCCCCCCAAGCAGCUGUCCAAGGCUGCAUCAACUCAACCUCUGCAAAGUAUCUGGACCAAACCCAGUCCUCAAACAUCCGGGCGCAACACUCCAGCUACUGGCACUGCAGUGACCCCGGUCCCACCCAGCCAGCUGCAGACCGUGAGAGAGCAGAUGGCUACAGCCUUGAAGCAACUGAAGGAGAUGGAGGAACGAGUAAAAGGUGUCCCGGCGCUAGAAAAAGAGGUAGCCGAACUUCGUGCCGAGAAAGACAUGCUGUUAAUUGCACUUCAGGAGAAGAAAGCAGUCAAGGGUGUGACCCAGCAGCCACAAAAACAGGCUGUGGAAACCUCUACCCAGACCACAGCGAUCCCCCAGUCCAACUCCAAUAUCCAAAGUCGAUUAGGCUCCCCAACUUCACCUGGUCACAAAGGCCAUGGGAAAUCUGAAGAGCUGAAGAAACUGGCUGAGAAAUUUGAAGGGAAGGACGGUCGAGCAGCCGAACUUUCAUCCAAAGUUGCAUUGAAGCUUCCAGGCAAAGUGUCAGUUGAGAAGAAAUCUGUGGCUGUAGGAGAUGAUCAGCCAAUGGACUCCGUUGUUCUUUAUUUCAGCCACGGUGUCAAAGAUGCCUCUGAAGGAACCGAGGUCCAUGUUUGUGAGAAGGGCACGGGUACUGAAAAGCCUGCGGUGCGUGCGGAAGGAACACAAGCCAGAGCCGAGACAAAGGAAGCCGAGGUUUGGGUAAUGGAGUCAUUACUUGGGCUGACUUCGGAGACGCAACGCGAGAUGGACACCUUACAGGACACUAUUAAGUUCCAGCAGGAGUCUAUAACUGACCUAGAGAACCAGCUGAGCCUUGCCGGCACUGACUUGGGAAUUUUCAGAGCCCAGGUUGAGCAAAUGACGUGCAAAGUCACCUUUGAGAAAGGGGUUCUUGCCAAACCGGACUUGAAGGACGCCAAGAAUGAGACUGCAUCUCCUACCAUAAAGGAUGCUGCAGUUUUGUGCUGUCCAGACAUGAUGGAUGCAUGUACAGGAGACAGCUUACAAGCACACCUGACCGAACAAGGCGCCCAAACUGAUGCUAUAAUCCCACCGGAAGAACCAGUGCCAGUUGUCAUGGUCAGCACUGGUUGCCAGUAUGAAAAUGUGUUUGAAGAAAAGAUGGAAGGACAGAAAGUUAGUGUGCCAAAGAAGAGACACACCAUGACUGAUUAUAAGGUUUUAUCAGAGGAGAUUGUCAGUAUGUCUGAGGAGAAAGAAGGAGACCAGGGUGACGUAACGACACCCUGCAACAUCAAGACAGUUUCAUCCAUGAUAGAAACAGGUAUGCUGAAAUCAAUCAUGAAGAGGAAAGAUGGCAACGGCUCAGGUGAAAAUCGCACAGCGGGCAAGAAGAGCUUGCAGUUUGUUGGUAUUCUAAACGGAGGGUAUGAAUCCACAUCUAGUGAAGAGGAAGAUGAGGGAAGCACCUCUGAAGAAAGUGGAGAAGGGGACUGCCUAGACAGCACGGAGGAGGAAGUGGAUGCGCAGGAAGAAACAUCAGAGGAGGAACGAAACAUCAACCUGGAUGAGAGCGACACGGAUGAAGAAACCCUGAGAGCAUCCAAUUUGUCAUUUGAUGACGUGAAAGAGAAGUUUGAGCUGAGCUCCAAAAUGCGUGAAGCUUGCAUCAUUCUGAAGAACCACCUCAAUGACGACAUCCAGACACUGAAGAGUAAGGAAGUGCUCGCCAGUACUCACACGGUCCAGCUGGAGUGGUUCCGCAUCUCCAGCGCCAAGACGGCUCAGCCUCCGCGAGUCUCAGACUACCUGAUGGCGUUCCUGGAGGUCUCUUCGCUGCUGUUGGAGCACGUGGUGAACAUGACCGACGGCAACGGCAACACCGCUCUUCACUACAGCGUCUCACACUCCAACUUUGGUGUGGUGGACCUGCUACUGGACACAGACAUGUGUAGCGUGGAUAAGCAGAACAAGGCGGGCUACACGGCCAUCAUGCUGGCCGCUCUGUCGACUGUGAAGGAGGACGACGACAUGUCUGUGGUAAAGAAGCUCUUCAGUAAGGGCAACGUCAACGCCAAGGCCAGCCAGGCCGGCCAGACAGCGCUGAUGCUCGCUGUGAGUCACGGCCGUCAGGGGAUGGUGGAGGCGCUCCUGGAGUGCGGCGCCGAUGUUAACGUGCAGGACGACGAAGGCUCUACGGCGCUGAUGUGCGCCAGCGAGCACGGCCGAGCUGAGAUUGUCAAACUCCUCUUGGAGCAGCCUGGUUGCGACAUCUCCAUCGUUGAUAAUGACGGCAGCAAUGCGCUGUCCAUCGCGCUGGAGGCGUCUCACAAUGACACUGCUGUGCUGCUCUACGCCCAUAUGAACUAUGCAAAACCUCAAGGUGCUAUGGGGAGUCCAACGACUCAGAGGAGUCCACCCAGCACCCACAAGUCCUGGCCUGCAGAGUGACGUGACCCCACUACAAAAGCAUACAAUAAUAACUGGAUCUGGGCUGUGAUAAGCUCCACUGGAUUUUCCCUAAAUAUAAAAUGUAUUUAUAUAUUGUAACAUACCCUGCAUUCAAAGUAUUGUUAAUAUGAGAAUAUUAUUUUUCCAUAGAGAGUAUUCAGGUUGUAUUAUGUCCUUGACUAAUGAACUUCUGCUUUGACUGUAAAUGGAGCUUACGUGUUAUUUGCACCCCACUAACAUUGUAUACUGAAACUAUAUAUUCUACUUUAAUAAUACUUGUCAUUAUGUAUCCAAAUAUUAAGUUAUUAUAUUCAGUGCCCAUUUCAACUAAAACAUAAAUUCCCUCCGAAAUGACACAAAUGCCUAAGAAAACAUGAGCCUAGGCCCUAUUGUAGCAAUUUCCAGAUAAAAUAAAGACUAUGUUGCUGGCCAAUACAUUUUUUUUUUUUUUAAAAGGCAUCUUUGCUUUUAUCCAUAACACAAAGAAAAUGUUUUUGUUUAACCCUUGUGCAACCUUAAGAUUGAUUACACACACUUACUACUCUUAGGGUCCAAAAGGGACCUGCACAAAACAUUUAUAUAUUUUUUACUUUUAAACUAUUUUUAUAUCAAUCGAUUGAUAUAGGGUUUUUUAGGUUUUAUAGCCUUUUUGUCAAAAAUAUUUUUUUAUAUAAUGGUAAAAUGUGAAAUAUGCAAUAUUUAAAAAAAAUAAAUUGCAGAGUGGAAUAUUUUAAGUUUAGCAAUUACAGCCUUGAAUAGGUCAAUGACUCAUGACAUUGAUUUUGAUACAGUAGACAAAAAAAAAGAAUAUUUGCACAGUGCCUAGUGAGCUAGAUAAUAGUGAGAAAACAAGCAAGACUUGGUUGAGUUUAUUAAGUUCACACAAGUCUUUUAUAACUGUCCAAUAUAAUUUAUCGCAUUUCAGCGGUUUAACUCAGUUACGCUAAUCAAAGCUCUGAGAAUUAUGCUCAUGGUUUUCUGACGCAAUGACACCAAAACACUAUUUUACGGUUUUAUAAUAGUCGAGAAUAAGAUUAAUUUGGUUUUCAUGAAAAAAGCUUAAUUAUACCAGAAUGACAGUCUGUAACAAAAUAUCAGUUAUAAUGGGAGUCUAUGGGGCUGAAAGAGUUCUUCAGAGAAAAUGUGUAUACUUUGUUUGUAUCCUGUUCUAACAUUGCUAUCAAAAACAAUGCAAUUAUAUUAAAACACGUGGAAAACUCCCUGGCUAAUUUCAGACAGCUAACCUAAUUGAACAAGCACAUCACAUAAGGAACACAUGCAAUGUGCGUCUUGGGCCUUAGAGGUCCCCAACUGACUGACAAUGUUUAGUAAAUGGAGGCGACGCUAUUGCAUGUCCCCAAGAAGAUGCAAAUUUGAAGUCAGGCUUCCAUUUACGCUGCCGUGGAUGUUUGAACAAGCAAGACCUAUACAAAAUGUAUUUUUGCAAUAAUUUGUGUCAAUGCAUACUGUUCAGCAUAGACUUGGAUUUCUUUAGUUCCACAUUUUAUAUACGGUUUGAGGUUUUUGCUUACAUUUUACGAGUUGCAAAGCUGCACAAUUGUCAUUUCUAAUGUGAUUUUUUUUCAAAGUAAGCUACAUUUACUCAAGUCCUCACAUCAUGUUCUAAUGUCUAAUGUGAUGCAGAUAAUAUUUUUCGAAGUGUGCUUCCAUAAACUCUACUCUGUUAAACUGAUGACUUGUGUUGACUAAGCGAGUCUAACGAGCCUCUUCCCCAGCAAGCACAAGACAUUGAUACAAUGUUGAUUAUACAUACAUGUUUUUUUAAAACUGACUUCUGAACAACGUUGCAAAAUAGCUGUAUUUCUAAAUUGACACAACGUUGAUGUCUAUUGUCCACGUUGUUGGUUGGGCUAUGAUCCAAUUUCAAUGGUCAAAUCCAAGUCAGAACCCAACAUUGAUUAAACGCCGUCAAAAAGCAUGUUCCAACGUUACGUUUGAGUUGCUAAACAUCAGGACCUAAUUCAACAAGUUCUCAACAUUAUGUCUUGUGCUUGCUGGGUUUAUCCUGCCUUAAUCACCUUCACUUUUUGCACUAACCGUCUAAUAAAACAUACCAAUAAACAGCAGAUUACUGAUUUCUGUUUUAAAAAACACAAAACAUUCUGCAAAUUGUUUCAUUUUCUUCAAGUCUACAGUAUAUACUGAAUAAGAAUAAAUCAUUUUCUAAUUGGCCUUAUGACUAUGUCUGUUGACAGUCAUAUGUCAUUGAUGACCAUGUGUUGAUAUGUUAUUAAGCCACAAGAAAUGCAAGGUAGUUCCAAGAAACAAAAAAACAACUUUUCUCUUAUCAUUAAAAAUGAUAAUAUGGCAUGUAGUCACGGAUGCAUUGUGACAGUCCCCAAGCUAAAGCAUGAAACACUGCUUUUAUGUAAGCGUUCAUACUUUUAUUUUGAAAUAUUAAAUUUACUUGUGUGCUUUAAUAGCAGGUAUAAGCAAUUUUAGGUGGACCACUACUACCAGUUGCAAACCUCGAGCUGUGCUUUGCCUUUUAAACUAUUCUAAUCUGGGCAGUUAGAGAAAUGCCAACAACACUAGUAGUGAAUAGCACCUUGCAAAAUAGCACCAAGUACUGGAAACUAUCUAAUAUGACAUCUCAGGGCGUUCAAUCGAUCGCAACUGGACUGCCUGGUUUGUCUUGGAAGACGAUUAGGCUUCAAUAAUUCGUGUUCAUAGACUUAAAUUUGUCAAAUCUAGUCUAGCGGUUGGUGCAAAAAACCUGAAAGAUUUUCCAGAAAUAACGAACAGAGUGGAUGAGGAGGAAAAAGGUGACAGAUGCAAAAAAUAUUGCCAUUCCAAUGGUAUCAGGUCUAUCUGAGAAACUCAAAAUUAUUUUUAACCAACAUCCCAGUACACUUCAAACCAGGCAACACCCUGAGACAGAGACUCGUGCAUCCUAAAGACCGGACACUCCACACCAACAAAAACAAUCUGGUGUAUGCUAUCCAGUGUAAUGAUGAAAGCACUGAUUCAUAUAUUGGGGAAACAAAACAACCACUAAGCCGACACGUGGCACAGCAUAGACGGGCUAACUCUUCAGGCCAAGACUCAGCUGUUUACAUGCACCUCAGUAAAAAACAACACUCCUUUGAGAAAAAAAUGUACAGAUUCUGGACAGGGAUAGUACGAAAGAGUGAGGGAAGCCAUCUAUGUCAAGGUUGAAAAACCAUCCCUGAACAGAGGAGGUGGUCUGCGACACCACCUGUCUCCCACAUACAACACUGUCCUUUCAACAAUUCCUAAAAGACUCUGCAAUUUAGCUUCCAACAAUUAACAGGAGUUAGAAACAUUCCAUUUGUUUACAACAGAAUUGAAUGCUAACGUGGAAGAUUCCGACUACUUUGGACUGGUAGUAGUCGAUCCACAGCGACCGUUCUGCCACACGAUACCUCAAGGCUAACGAGGGGAAAUUACACUUCAAUGACUGUCGUUGGCUUUGACAGUAGGAUUGCUCAUUUGCAUCAAACCAGUUGUUUUUCUCACUUUGAUAGGGCAAAACCAUCCUUGCCCAGGCACACCCUCCUGGUUUUGGAGUAUAAAUAUUUCGGGUUUUGGCACGAACCGCUAGACUAGAUCUGACCAAUAUACAUGUAAGUCUAUGAGCACUAACUGAUGAAGCCUACUCAGAUGAGCGGCGAAACAUCUUCCAAGACAAACCAAGCAGUCCAGUUGCGAUUCAUUGAACGCCCUGAGAUGACAAUGACCUGGAUGAAUGAGAACCUUCAUAGACAUCUAAUAUGACUCCAUUAUAGGUAAACACUUCAAAAGUAGUAAAGGAAUGGCUAAAUCAGGCUCGAAUUAAGGUUUUAGAAUGGCCUUCCCAAAGUCCUGACUUAAACGUGUGGACAAUGCUGAAGAAACAAGUCCAUGUCAGAAAACCAAUAAAUUCAGCUGAACUGCACCAAUUUUGUCAAGAGGAGUGGUCAGAAAUUCAACCAGAAGCUUGUGGAUGGCUUCCAAAAGCGCCUUAUUUCAGUGAAACUUGCGAAGGGACAUGUAACCAAAUAU